UAUAUAUAUAUAUAUAUAUAUAUUGCCUUUACAAAACUGGUAUAUACUUCAAGUUCUCGUCGCCAAACAAACCAACGAACCCAACUUUCACUUAAUUCUCAAUUUGCGUAGAUAGGAAAAGAGAAAUAAUUUUGUUUUACGUAAUGACCUCGUUUAGUACGCCUAGGAGCUUCCGGUACAUGAACUGUCAACACGUCCUCAAAGGUCGGUGUAAAUUCGCAAAUCGGAGGCACCACGUAACAGCUCGAUUAAAUAAAUUGCGUAAUUUUUGAUAAAAAGUGCAAUGUGGCCAAUAAUGCGGUCACGAUGGCUAAUUUAAAGGGUUUAUCGCUCCGAAUGAUAUCAUUUCAUAGAUGAAUCAAUUAUUGGGGACCAAUGUCAGUAUUAAUUGAAUGUGGUAACGAAGCUAUAAAUAAAGCAACUGAAUUUGAAUAAAACGUCACUUGUUUUGUACAUUUUUGGUUUAUUUUAAAUAUGCUAAAUUGUUUACUCAAACUGCGCAUAGAGGCUUGAUGAAAGGACUGGGAAUUAAGAGUUUCUAUGCAGAAACUUUUAUUUUUUCAUAAAAUCUAUGUACUAACUGUGUUUGCAGAAGAUAAAAAAAGUUGCUUGUCCUCCUUAAAAAAGGUGUUAAUGAGUAGGAUGUGGUGACCUAGGGAUCAUUGAAUAUGCAAAUAGUCCCGACUCCAAUCGGGAAAAGACUUUUCGAAGUGUUUGGCGACACUGCAGGCGUGCCCUGACGAGUUGGUCAGGUCAGGGAAUCCAAAUUGCUAUAGCACACACCCUCGGAUCUUCAGCUUUGAACUUGAGCAUUGCGAAAUUAUAUUAUUAAGACGCAAUAAAAAGCAUGUUGGAAAAACAGGCGGCAAAAAAAACGCUAUAAAUACUCGAUUAUAUGUUAGUUAAGAUAGCGGCAAAAAAAUAUAAUAUAGUGAGGAAAAAGUGGUGGGGUUUUUGAUUACCAAGUCAAAGCACCGGGCUAUUUAUAGUAGCUGCAGACGGUUACUGCAAACACUUCCACAGUAACUCGCUAUACUAGUGCAAGGUCGAAUUUUAUUAGACGUGUAUUUCUUUUUUACUUUAAAAAAAGUGUGUGACUUCUUAGGUUUUCUUCAAAAAUAUCCAGGUGACAUUAUGGAAUCGUGGUACAUCUACAAUCCGUUGUUGGGCGUGACCAACAUUCGAAAGAUCGAAAUUUCUGCCGAUGAGUGCAUCGAGAAUGUCCUGCAGGAGAUCGAAGGGAGGAUUUCGAAGGGAUGUUCCGGGUCCAUCGAAGAAAUUGAAAAUUUAAUCCUGCAAUCGCAGAGUGAGAGCGACAAUCAUCCCCAAACCUUUGGCCCGUUUGGCAAAAUUAAGCAGUUGUACUUGAUAUGCAACUGGGAGACUUUGGGGGAAGGUUUGCUUGAUGGUUUUGAUGAUUUGGAAGGUCUCUACGUGCGUAAAAAUUCUUCUUUGAGAAGCAUCGAGCGUGGAUUCUUUAGGAACAAGAGCAAUUUGAAGAAGGUGGCCAUUAACAAUUGCAAACUGGAACUGGAACCGGGUAUGUUGAAAGGCAUGCCUAAUUUAAAGGAACUGGAUUUGAGCAGAAACCAAAUUGAAGAAUUGCCAGUCGGUUUACUCACCGACGUUCCCGACAUUGAAACGCUGACAUUAGCGCAUAACGACAUCAGAAGCCUAUCUACGAAGGUGUUUUACGGACUUCCACUCUUGGUAAAUCUCGAUCUGAGCUUUAAUCGUCUCCAAGGUUGGAACGACGAAGCCUUCUCCUACGUCAACAUGCUUCUCCAUCUCAACAUCAGCAACAACGCGAUAAAGGAGCUCACGCCGGCCUCUUUCAAGAGACUAAACUCUCUCGUCACCCUCAACCUGGACGGCAACUACCUCGAGAGUUUAGAAAAGGACAGCUUCAUCGGUUUACCACGCUUGGACCACCUCAGCGUCAACAACAACAAGCUCCAAGAAAUCGACACCUACACCUUUGAUGCCAUUCGCAAACUCAAGGUUUUGCUAUUGGAAAACAACGAAAUUUCCAUCUUCGGCCCCGAAGUCUUCCACAAUUUGGGCAAGGUCGAGUUUUUCACCUGCAAUCGCAACAGCACCCCCAAACUCGAACUCGAUACCUUCAGAGGCUUCUCGGGGGUAACCACUUUACACCUGACUAACAUGAACAUUGAAACCUUGGACGAAGAUUGGUGUUCCGGUUUGUAUUCCGUCACCGAUCUCGACUUGAGCCAAAACAGACUCACUCACCUCCCGUCGUACGCAUUCCGCUGCGCCAAAGCGCUGACCAAGCUGAACCUGCGCGACAACCUCAUCGAAACCGUCGACACGCGCACGUUCGACACCGUCUUCAACUUGCAGCACCUGGACCUAUCCAACAACAAACUGCGACAAGUCCCCAGCAACAGCUACGACAACUUGUGCAGCGUCCUAACCUUAAACUUGGCCCACAAUCUCAUCGUCUCCCUAAAUCCACUCUCCUUAAUCGCCUUUCGAGGACUCAACAAGUUGGACCUCUCCUACAACCAAAUCGAGAUCAUCGAACCCGACGCCUUCCUCGCGAACCACAAACUCGUAAGUCUCAGCGUCAGCUUCGGUUGCGUCAAGGCGGCGACCUCCUGGAUCGCGUCCACCAACUUAGUCGACGGGACGAAGAAACCGGGAAGCCCGAUACAUUUACCGGAACAGUUGAGAAACCUGGCGAGGCUCGACUUCGACAGCUGCGGAAUGACGCACGUCGACAUCGACUGCAACCAGAACGCGUCGAGCGUCGUGAAACUCGUCGACGAUUCGAAGACUGACGCCUGGACGACGAAGGCCGAUGAUGAUAUCGCACAAGUCAAACAGUCAAUUACAAAUUUUAUUCAUUAAGUAUUCUUUUGCUAUAAGGUCUUUAAUAAAGUAUUAUUCUACAACCAGA